CCUGGAAAUUUGAUCCCAUACUUUGAAGGAUAUACUCACUCUACAUCGAUGAAGAGCUUUUGAAAAGCAUUGACACAAACAUGCCACAACCGCCCAACCGUUGGACUCCAGAAGAGGAUCAAUUGCUGCGCCAAGAGGUACUUGCUCAACUCUCACAAGGAGGUGUACGCGAUUGGCAAAACAUUGCAGCCAAGCUUCCAGGUCGCACAAAUAAAGAUUGCCGGAAACGUUGGCAUAACGUGGUGGCAGGGGGGAUGAAUAAGGGACACUGGACCGAUGCUGAAGAUAAAUUAUUGAUAGAUGCCGUCAAUACUCAUGGCAAAAGUUGGACGGUAGUUGCGGACGUCGUGAAAACUCGAAAUGCAGAACAAUGUUCGAAACGCUGGAAACAAUCAUUAGACCCUCAAUUGAAUCGCAGCCAAUGGACUGAAGAAGAGAAUAAGCUUCUUUUGGAAGCGUACAAGGUCAAGGGCAGUCAAUGGAAAGAGAUUCAGGUCGAAUACUUUCCGACCCGAUCUAGGAAUACAAUAAAAAAUCAAUUCACUAUUCUAUGUCGGCGAGGCCAAAAAGGCACACGGGCUAAUAAGAAUGAUCAGGGCGAACAGGUAUCAGAUGAGUUCGAAGCCGCGCUAAAUGAUCAAAAUGAGGUGGACGGCAUCUCUCUCUCUGACGAUGAUUUGAGUGACGUUGAUCCAAUGUUUGAAAUCCUCACGUCAGAGGACGAUCGAGAAAUGAGUACUCAUCCAGUGCAGACCUGGAAUCUUGAUUCUGGCAUGAAUAGUUCCCAUUCUUCUACCAAUAUGGAGCUUGCGACGAUGAAUAAUCCAUCAAUGAAUACAUUUUCAAACAUCGCCCAGACGCAGGCUUCAGCCGACAUGGCGUCUUGGAUCAGUUUGGAACAACUAUUUUCCAACUAUCCGCACACAGUUUCAGAUACACAGCAUACUUCCUAUGGCUUUGAAAAUUUACCCCCGGACAUGAUGGACUUUUCAGCAUGUUCAGCGACACAGGAAAGAUUGUUGACCUCGGAUUUGACAUCCGCACGAUCCAUGAAGGACAGCGUACAGCGCCCACCAACAGCCGACUCAAUGGACUAUGAUAGUAGUCCAGAAAAGGUCACCUUAACCAUAUAUAAUCCGAAUUCAGAGACAGUAGAAUGUCUAAUACGAAUUGCGAUGACAAACAAGUCUGGUUUUCGUUUGGAGAGGAGUUAA